AUGGUUUUUCAAGAAGAAAGAAGAGGACUAGGCUUACAUCAUCUGAAGAAGAGGACUUUAGUCUUACCCACCACCAUCACUGUCAACGAAGGAUGGUUGUUCAAGAAGAAAGAAGAGGACUGCAACUCGUCGGCUCUGGAAAAUAAGGCCAUCAUCACGGUUUCUGUUGUAGGCAUUCCAGUAAACCAGACUCCCUCAUCCAGAGUCUUACAUCAUCUGAAGAAAAGGAUUUUCUUCUUACCCACCACCAUCACUGUCAACGAAGGAUGGUUUUUCAAGAAGAAAGAAGAGGACUGCAACUCGUCGGCUCUGGAAAAUAAGGCCAUCAUCACGGUUUCUGUUAUAGGCAUUCCAGUAAACCAGACUCCCUCAUCCAGAGGCUUACAUCGUCUGAAGAAGAGGACUUUCGUCUUACCCACCACCAUCACUGCCAUCAUCACGGUUUCUGUUAUAGGCAUUCCAGUAAACCAGACUCCCUCAUCCAGAGGCUUACAUCGUCUGAAGAAGAGGACUUUCGUCUUACCCACCACCAUCACUGUCAACGAAGGAUGGUUGUUCAAGAAGAAAGAAGAGGACUGCAACUCGUCGGCUCUGGAAAAUAAGGCCAUCAUCACGGUUUCUGUUGUAGGCAUUCCAGUAAACCAGACUCCCUCAUCCAGAGGCUUACAUCAUCUGAAGAAAAGGAUUUUCUUCUUACCCACCACCAUCACUGUCAACGAAGGAUGGUUUUUCAAGAAGAAAGAAGAGGACUGCAACUCGUCGGCUCUGGAAAAUAAGGCCAUCAUCACGGUUUCUGUUGUAGGCAUUCCAGUAAACCAGACUCCCUCAUCCAGAGGCUUACAUCAUCUGAAGAAAAGGAUUUUCUUCUUACCCACCACCAUCACUGUCAACGAAGGAUGGUUGUUCAAGAAGAAAGAAGAGGACUGCAACUCGUCGGCUCUGGAAAAUAAGGCCAUCAUCACGGUUUCUGUUGUAGGCAUUCCAGUAAACCAGACUCCCUCAUCCAGAGGCUUACAUCAUCUGAAGAAAAGGAUUUUCUUCUUACCCACCACCAUCACUGUCAACGAAGGAUGGUUGUUCAAGAAGAAAGAAGAGGACUGCAACUCGUCGGCUCUGGAAAAUAAGGCCAUCAUCACGGUUUCUGUUGUAGGCAUUCCAGUAAACCAGACUCCCUCAUCCAGAGGCUUACAUCAUCUGAAGAAAAGGAUUUUCUUCUUACCCACCACCAUCACUGUCAACGAAGGAUGGUUUUUCAAGAAGAAAGAAAAGGACUGCAACUCGUCGGCUCUGGAAAAGUAAAGCCAUCAUGACGGCUUCUGUUAUAAGCAUUCCUUUAAACCAGAUCCACUUAUCCAGAGGCUUACAUCAUCUGAAGAAUAGGACUUUCGUCUUACGCACCACCCUCACUGUCAACGAAUGAUGGUCGACCAAGCAAAAAGAAGAGAAUUGCGACUACUACUACUACUACUACUCCUACUACUACCUGCACGCUGCUCUACAUGGAAUGAUGGUUAUUCAAGAAGAAGGAAGAGGAUUUCAACACGUCUGCCCUGGAAAAGUGAGACCAUCUUGUCAACUUCUGUUCUCGUCAUCCCAGUCAACCAGAUCCACUCAUCCAGAGGCUGUCAUCAUCUAAAGAAGAGGAUUUUCGUCUAAGCCACCACCAUGACUGUCAACGAAGGAUGGUUGUUCAAGAAGAAAGAAGAGGACUGCAACUCGUCGGCUCUGGAAAAUAAGGCCUCAUCACGGUUUCUGUUAUAGGCAUUCCAGUAAACCAGAUCCCCUCAUCCAGAGGCUUACAUCAUCUGAAGAAGAGGACUUUCGUCUAAACCACCACCAUCACUAUCAACGAAUAAUGGUCGAUCAAGCAAAAAGAAGUGGAUUGCGACUAGCCGGCUCUACUACCACCACGCUGCACUACAUGGAUGGAUGGUUGUUCAGGAAGAAAGAAAAGGAAAGCAAUACGUGGGCUCUGGAAAAAAUAAGGUCAUCAUGUCGAUUUCUGUUUCGUCAUCCCAGUGAACCAAAUCCACUUAUCCAGAGGCUGUCAUCAUUUGAAGAAAAGGGUUUUUGUCUAACCCACAAACAUCACUGUCUACGAAGGAUGAUUGACGAAGCAAAAAGAAUUGCGACUAGCCUGCCUUACUACCAGCAUUCUACUCACGUCGCAGACAUGGAAGAAUGGUUGUUCUAGAAACAAGAGGACUGCAUUCAGCCAGGGUAUGAUAAUGUAUGGGUAUGCUGCACUACAUGAAAGGAUGGUUGUUCAAGAAGGAAGAAGAAGACUGGAAUACGUCAGGUCUGGAAUUAUGGGAACAUCAUGACGACUCCUGCUAUUGGCAUCCCGGAACAUCAGAUCCAGAGGGUACCAACUGAAAGAGAGAAUUUUCGACUGAUUGAUUCACCCAUAUCACCGACAUCGGAGGAAGAAGAGGAUUGCGACUAGCCGGCUCUAUUACCAGCAUGGUUGUUCAAGGAGAAAAGAGAGCUCAACACGCCGGCCAUUGAAUUUGGAGGACAUCAGCGACUAAACUGGAACCACUUAUUCAGUCGAUUCCAAAGGGUACCUAUCAUCAACUGAAGGAUGCUGCACAUGAAAGGAUGGUUAUUGAAGAAGAAAGAAGAGAACUGCAACACGCUUGCUCUGGAAAUGCGAGGACAUCAUGACGACUUCUUUUAUAGGCGUCCCAGUAAACAAGUUACAAGUAUUCUGUUAAUUGCAGAAAUCUACUCUACUACCAGCAUUCUACUCACUUCUCACACAUGGCUGUUACAUAAACUUCCUAUUUCGCAGAGUAGAAAGGAUGAUUUUUCAAGAAAAAAGAAGAGACUGCAGCAAACCGGCCCUGGAAAUGUAUGGUCAUCGAGACGAUUUCUAUUAUAGGUAUACCAGUGAUUGAGAUCCACAUAUCCAGCCGAUUCCAGAAGUUACCAUUAACUUCAUAUACAUCACAAACAGCGAAGGAUGGUUGACCAAGCAAAAUGAAGAGGAUUAAAAGUAGCCUGCCUAUUCUGCAACUAGCAUUCUAUUCUCGCCGAAGUCAUGGAAGGAUGAUUGUUCAAGAAGAUAGAGGACGUCAAUAAGACUCCUUUGGAAAUGUGACGACAUGACUACUUCUGUUAUAGGCAUCUCAGUAAACAAGAUCCAAGAUUUCAGACGAUUCCAGAGAGUACCACCAACUGAAGAUUAUUUUCCCUAGAUCCCAGAUAUGUAAGGGUGGUUGACAAGGAAGAUGGAAGAGCCUGCUAUACACAAAAUUGCGACUGGCAAUCUACCCACACUGCUGACAUGGCAAGAUGGUUGUUCAAGAAAAAGAGGACUACUACGGCUCCGGAAAUGUGAGGUCAUCAUGACGACUUCUGUUAUAGGCAUCCCAGAGUACUGCUCCUGUGCAAUCCACCUAUUUCCUGGAUGGGGACGAUGGUUGAUCACGAAAAGAAGGACUGCAACAAGCCGGCUCUGGAAAUUUGAGGCCAAUAUGACGACUUCUGUUAUAGGCAUCUCAGUGAACCUGAUCCACCUAUCAUGAUGGUCACAUCAACUGACGGAGAAGAUUCUCGACUGAUUCACACACAUCGCAGGCAUCGGAGGAUGGUUAACCAAUCAAAAAGAAAAGGAAUGCGACCUUGAUCUUCUAGUUGAUAAAGAAUGGAAAUGUUUCUACUUACCAGAUAUCUGAAUCGAGGGGAAUUUUGACUGGAAUAUCAAGUUUACAUUAAUGGAAAAAGUGGCUACCUGAUGUAAGAGAGACCAAGAUGACAAAAAUGAAAGAAGCAAUCAAUCUUCCUAGAUGAAAGAAAAGAAGAGUGUCAAUCCAGGAGACUGUGGACCAGUAGACCAAUCCAAGGGAAAGAGGACUAGCAGACUGAUCCAGGAGGAGAAGGAUUAGAGGACUAAGAAGAAAGAGGACUAAAGAACUAAUUCAGGCUGCAGAGCAUUAUGGGACCAAAUCUGCAGAAAGAGCACCGUGAGGUGAAUCCAGGUUGAAGUGAACCGUGGAACCAGUUCAGAAGAAGAGGACCGUGGGACCAGUUCAGGAGGAAGAGGACCGAGGACCAGUUCAGGAGAAAGAGGACCGUGGGACCAAUCCAGGAGGAAGAGGACCGUGGGACCAAUCCAGGAGGAAGAGGACCGUGGGACCAAUCCAGGAGGAAGAGGACCGUGGGACCAAUCCAGGAGGAAGAGGACCGUGGGACCAAUCCAGGAGGAAGAGGACCGUGGGACCAAUCCAGGAGGAAGAGGACCGUGGGACCAAUCCAGGAGGAAGAGGACCGUGGGACCAUUUCAGGAGGAAGAUCAAUGGACCAAUCCAGGAGGAAGAGGACCAAUGGACCAAUCCAGGAGGAAGAGGACCGUGGGACCAAUCCAGGAGGAAGAGGACCGUGGGACCAUUUCAGGAGGAAGAAGAUCAAUGGACCAAUCCAGGAGGAAGAGGACCAAUGGACCAAUCCAGGAGGAAGAGAACCAAUGGACCAAUCCAGGGAGAAGAGGACCAAUGGAGCACUCCAGGGAGAAGAGGACCAAUGGAGCACUCCAGGAGAAAGAGGACCGUGAGACCAAUUCAAGUUGAAGAGGAGCGUGAGGUCAAUCCAGGGUGAAGAGAACAAUGGGACCUAUCCAGGAGAAAGAAGAGGACUGUGGGACCUAUCCAGGGGGAAGAGGAUCGUGGGACCUAUCCAGGGGAAGAGGAUCGUGGGACCUAUCCAGGGGGAAGAGGAUCGUGGGACCUAUCCAGGGGGAAGAGGAUCGUGGGACCUAUCCAGGAGGAAGAGGAUCGUGGGACCUAUCCAGGAGGAAGAGGACCGUGGGACCUACCCAGGAGGAAGAGGACCGUGGGACCUACCCAGGAGGAAGAGGACCGUGGGACCUAUCCAGGAGGAAGAGGACCGUGGGACCUAUCCAGGAGGAAGAGGACUGUAGGACCAAUCCAGAGGGAAGAGGGCAGGAGACCAAUCCAGGAGGAAGAGGACCGGAAACUGACCCAGGAGGAAGAAGGCAGGGGAUCAAUCGAGGAGGAAGAAAACCCGGGAACGAAUUUAAGAGGAAAAGAGGAUCAGGAGACCAAUUCAGAAGGCUACCUCCUAGCUAGACUGAAAAAAUAUCCAUAUAGACUAACCAAAUUAUCCACAUCACUAUCCAACAACAGCAUUCAAGCUUUGGACCCCCUGCUGCUAAAAGAAAAGAGGAUCACAAUAUUAUUAAUUGGAUUGAGGGUUUAAAAAAAUUCCUACUCAAGAGUAAAAGUGCGUAGAUCUAGAUUGUACAAAAAC